AUGAGUCAGGAAUAUCACCCCGGCGAGGGCUCGUCGAGAGCCGGUUCGUCUCGAUUUGGGGGCGAAGAAGAGGAAAGAAGUCCUUUCCAACCCCCGCCAGCCUAUAUGACUGUGGGCAACGGUUCGACGUCAGAUAGCGCCACGGCUUUGAUGAGCUCGCUGAACAACGACUCGGGAUAUGGAGGUAGCAUCGCAGGAGAAAGCGCCAUCGAAGCCGAUGCGAAUGCGGCUUGGCGUGCAGAGUUGAGGCAAGACAGGCCAACGCCCGCGCAUACUCCGACGCGCCCCGGCGAGUGGAAUCCUGCAAUGGAACACGAAAGACAAGUUGUCGCAAACCAUGUGCAUCAACUUCUAUACAACUCAAACCGAACAAAGUUAGGGCGUGCGAUCUCCAGGACCAUCGAAACCUUGAAAGAGCUCCAGGAUAUGAAUCGCCAGUGGCCUGCCCAUUAUCCCUCCGUGCAAACCUCCCAAAGCAACCCUUCUUCUCCCUCACAACGCCCCCAGUUACCGCAUUCGCAUUCGUAUUUCGGUCCAAAUGACAGCCAACCAUCAACACCACCUCGACCAAGACAAGUCAGGCGUGCAGCAACUACCAUGGGAGGGGAUGAUUUGGAAGAGUCCAGUGCAUCUGCUGAGCGCCGCGCACAACCCGAGCCUCGAUUGAUCACACCUCAGAUUGCACAGGAAUUCUCUAUUCUCAAGUUGGACCUGAAACUGGGCGCUCUAUCGCAGGCUGAGCUGGUGCAUUCUCUGGAAAAGGCUUCAAUCGCCUCUUUGUUGGAUGGGAAGAUUAACCAGAGCAUCAAACAUCUUCUUUCCCUCCGAGACCGAAUCGAGGAUACUGCGAGCAAGGUACUUAUCACAGGAGAUCUCAACGCCGGAAAAUCCACAUUUUGCAAUGCACUUUUGCGGAAGAAGGUCCUCCCCGAAGAUCAACAGCCCUGCACUAGCAUCUUCUGUGAAGUUCUGGACGCUCGAGAGAACAGUGGUAUCGAAGAGGUCCAUGCUGUGCACAAGGAUGUCCAGUAUAGUCGUAACGACGAAAGCACUUACGACGUCUAUGCAAUGAGCGAGCUCGAAAACAUUGUUGUAGACAACACUAAAUACAUGCAAUGCAAAGUCUACGUCAAGGACGUUCGAUCGAUCGACGAGUCUUUGCUCAACAAUGGCGUGGUUGAUAUCGCCCUGAUUGAUGCUCCUGGUCUUAACUCGGAUUCUCUCAAGACAACCGCCGUCUUUGCCCGGCAAGAAGAGAUCGACGUUGUUGUAUUCGUGGUCUCUGCCGCUAACCACUUCACCCUCUCCGCAAAGGAAUUCAUCCUCAACGCUGCCCACGAAAAGGCUUACAUCUUCAUGGUUGUAAACGGAUUCGAUCAGAUCAGGGACAAGCAACGAUGUGAGCGCAUGAUCCUGGACCAAGUCGCCAAGCUCAGCCCUCGCACUUAUAAAGAGUCCGCCGAGUUGGUUCAUUUCGUUUCGAGUAAUGCCAUUCCAGUUGCACCUCCUGUGGCUGUGUCUCAGUCCGGCUCUGGUGGUGGCUCUGAUCCCCAUGAUGACGGUGACGAUGAUGACAAGCCCGAUUCGGGCAAGGAUAAGGGCAAGGGCAAGGAGAAGGAGAAACUGCAGGACUUUGAAAACCUGGAAGGUGCUCUCAGACGCUUUGUCCUCGAGAAACGGUCUCGAUCUAAACUCGCUCCUGCACGAACUUAUCUCCUCAACCUUCUUGCCGACCUGAACUCGCUCGCCACCGUCAAUCGGGAUGUUGCCGAAUCGGAGCUUAAGCGAGUGACCGAGGAGCUGGCAGAGCUGGAGCCUGCUUAUGAAAACGGUAAAAAGAAGAAGAGUGAGUUGGCCGACGGGGUUGACAAGGCCAUUGACGAUUCUUGCGAUGAUGUUUACAACCACACUCGAUCGUAUUUGUCGAGUACCAUCGCUCGAGUUUCCGAUGCUGAUCUUGGUGUCGAAUACCCUGGUCUAUUUUCGGUUUUCCAAUAUGCCGAGGAUUUGAAACUCGCCAUGCUCGAUCAAAUCUCUGCUGCAGUGACUGGCUGCGAGGACUAUGCUAGAGAUAAAACCGUUCAGGGCGUUGGCUUUAUCCAAAAUAUCGGGCUUUUGCAUGUAGGAGAAGACAAGUUCUCUGCUCUCAACUUCCGUGCGGACAUGAUGUUCCGCAAGGGUCGUCGCCAUGCCCUUGGCAGACAAGUCAACACUGAGGUCGAGCUUUGGGAUUUCUUUGAUGUCGCUGGUCUCUGGGAACGCCAGGAGAAGCUGGCAGGUACAGGGGUUGCAAUGACAGCCCUUACCGUGGUUGGUGGUCGGGUCUUUAGUGGCUUUAGCUGGGUUGACAGUGCACUCAGUGCUGUCAAGGUCUUGGGCCCGAACAACUUGCGUCGCCUUUUCUUCCCUAGCGUACUUGCAGCUGCUGUCUUGACCACGGCUUACGUGCUAUCCUCAAUUCCGACAACCCUACCGCCGCGUUUGUCUCGCAAGAUCUCGGCGACUCUCGCCGAUAUGGACUAUGUUCACUCCAACGCCAGCCGGAUUUCAUCUGAGGUCAGACGUAUCCUCCGUCUGCCCGCAAACAACUUGCAGGCUAGCCUGUCCCAAGAUAUCGAAGACCUCGCUCGACGCAAGCAAGAGGUCGGCAAGGUCAAGCAGGAGAGCGACGUUGCUCUCAAGUACUUCGGAAACCUCUUCCGUGAGAGUGGCGAGAACCGCCGUUCUGUGGAUGAUCUUGACCUCGAUGGCCCACUCCCUGCUGGCAUGGGCGCAUAUGAGGCAUAA